AUGCUUGGUCCUCGCCUUGUCCGCCCGGCUGCGUCGCUGGUUCGGCCGUUCAGCUCGACGGCCGUCUGGCAGCGGGCCCCUUCCAUUAGAGACAUCACCCCCGUCUCAGCGACUGAGUUCAGUGCCCGACAGAAGGAAUUCCGCGAGAACCUGGAGGUGGCUCGCAAAAAGAAAGAACAGCAAGAGAGUCAGUCCGUUGAUACAUCUGCUUCUGCCUCUUCCCCUGUCUUCCCUCGUGACCGCUUCAGUGAGUAUACGACCGCUCCCACUGCUCCGGAUGUGAGCAAUGCGAGUGCCAAUAGCCGUGUUGUUGACGCUGCUGCGGCCCUUGAUUCUCAAGCAUUGGGCUCACUCUCCACCCACCGUUCUUUAGGAGAUGACAAGAUACACGAGGCCAAUCAGACUCCCAAACGGGGCCCCCUCUCUUCCCUCAUCUAUGGAACCAAGGAGGGCCAACAGCUUGAUCAAGACAUCGAACGCUCCUUCUCCCAAGUCCUCGCACGUGGCAAGUAUGUCCACUCGAUCGUUUUCCAUGACGUGAAGCCCGACAAGGUCGAUGAGUAUGUUGAGCUGGUCGGCAAAUGGUAUCCGCGAAUGGCCCAAAUGGAGGAAAAUCGAGUCAAUCUAGUCGGUAGCUGGCGCACACAGGUCGGAGACAACGACACAUUCAUCCACAUCUGGGAGUACCAACGGUAUACCGGUUAUCAUGCCUCGUUGCACAAUAUUUCCAUGCAACCGGAAUUCCCCGAAUUUGACCGCAAGCUCAAGUCGUUGAUCAAGAGCAAGAAGACAUCUUUGAUGCAGGAAUUCUCUUUCUGGCCAACGACCCCCCCACGUAAGCUCGGUGGCCUAUUUGAGCUCCGCUCGUACACUCUCCACCCAGGCAAUCUAUUGGAAUGGGAGAGUCACUGGCGCCAUGGUCUCAAGGCACGGCGGGAAGUCAUGGAGGGCGUCGGUGCCUGGUUCGUUCAGAUCGGCGACUUGAACACCGUGCAUCAUCUGUGGCAAUUUGCCAACUUGGAAGAGCGCAAGAUCCGACGGGAGCUCUCUUGGGGUAUUGAAGGCUGGGCAGACACCGUCCACAAGACAGUCCCUCUCAUUCAAACCAUGCAGAGUCGGAUCCUGAUCCCCAUGCCCUGGAGCCCCGUCGGCUAA